AUUUUUUAACCGCCAUUUCUGGGUACACCGCCGAACCAUCGGAACGCCAUCGCAAGGCAUAGGAAACCGCCAUUCUACAUACUUCUCGUGGUCCAGGGUUGUGGAGUGGCUCUGAUGAAACAAUUCCAAUAAUUUAGCGUUUGUUGUGUGUAUCGUUUAGUACAGUAAACCAGCGUAAACUGCAACCCCGUGUAUUGGCAACGAAGUAUGCGUGUGUAGACGAUUUCGGUGUAACGCUACAAUUGUUAAUGUUGUGUGAAAAAACAACGAACUGAUUCCCAUCCGGUGUUUCUGUUUGUGCUUGGAUCGUUCCCUCUCGUAUUAAACCUAUUGCAGACGUGUUUCGUGACAGAAGCUAAACAUGUCCGGUCCAGAAUGUGUGAAGGUGGCCGUACGCAUCCGACCCAUGUCGCAGGCCGAGCAAGCGCGCGGAUGCCAAACCGUGGUCGAGCAAGCAGCGCCCAAUCAUCCACAAAUACUCGUGUGCGGUGGCCGUACGCCGUCGGACAUUUUCUCCUACAGCUAUGUGUUCGCGCCCACCGUCGUCCAGUCGCACCUGUACGAGGUGUCGGUAGCCCCACUGCUCGCCAAACUGUUUGACGGGUACAAUGCCACCAUCCUGGCGUACGGUCAAACCAGCUCGGGUAAAACGUUCACCAUGGGGACCGAUUUUACCGGCCAGACGGGCGACCAUAUGGGUGUGAUUCCACGCGCGAUCGUCGACAUCUUUCGCAUGAUUGACGACCGGUCGGACGGGGCACCGUGCGCAAAUAUGGACACGACCGUGACCUGCUCGUUUAUCGAGGUGUACCAGGACAAUGUGUACGAUUUGCUGGAGGAGAAAAGCGGCACGGACCGACAGCCGAUCGAGAUACGGGAAGCACCGGGUGGUGAUAUUAUUUUGCAGGGCUUAACUGACGUGCGGGCCACCACCAGGCAGCAUGCGUUCGAUUGCUUGCUGCGCGGUUCGACCGGCCGGGUGGUGCGUGCGACCGCCAUGAACAAUGUAUCCAGCCGCAGCCACGCCAUCUUUACGCUCACCAUUCAACAAACCACGCAAGGCGAAACGGGCGGCAACGUUAUCCGGUCCAAGUUUCAUCUGGUCGAUCUGGCUGGAUCGGAACGGUCCAAGAAAACGGACACCACCGGCGAUCGGUUCAAGGAAGGGGUGGAGAUUAACAAAUGCUUGCUGGCGCUCGGCAACGUUAUCACGGCGCUGGGCAGCACGAACGGUGGGCCGGGCAAGACGCACAUCCCGUACCGCACGUCCAAGCUCACCCGGCUGCUGCAGGAUUCGUUGGGCGGUAAUUCGUACACGCUGAUGAUUGCUUGCGUAUCGCCGGCGGAUUACAAUCUGUCGGAAACGGUCAGCACGCUGCGGUACGCGUACCGUGUGUGCAAGAUCAAAAACAAACCGAUCGUCAACCAGGAUCCGCAGCAGGCACGCAUCAAGCAGCUGGAGGCAACCGUGCAGGACCUGCGGCUGAAGGUACUGUCGCUGAUGCGUGGAAAUGGCGAGGCACAGGAUGGAGAAUUCCGCGUACCACUCCCCGUCCACUCGCCACUAACGCGCGGCCUAUCCGACCCGGAGCUUCGAUCGCCGCGGAAAGAUGAGCCCGGAGCAGCGCACGUACCCGAGACGGGUGUUAACGUGCAGAAGCUGCAGGAAAGUAACCGGAACUUGCAGAUGCAGCUGCAAUCAACACUGCACGAGCUCGGUUCGAACGAGAUGCGUGCCAUGACGGCGGAAAAAUUGCUGGACGAUAUCGAACAGGUGCUGGGGAAGCAUGACACCAACGACGGUACAGCCGAAACGACGCCCGCUGGCGAAGGCGAGAUGCGACGGGCAAUACGUGCACUGUUGCUCCAAUACAAGGAGGAAGUGUUUGCGCUCGGCAUACAUAACCAUUCCAUCCCGGCCGUCAGUGGCUGCACAGUCAGCAGCGACGAUGAACUGCGUUCGGAGGAGAUUGAGCGUAAAUCGACGUUCCACACCCAGCAGCAGAUGCGCAUACACAGCGAGCUGAGCCAGUUGAAGCGUCAGCUUGCGCUGAAGGAGGAACUGCACCGCAAAUGUAUGGAUAACAGUUCCGUGGUGCAAACGCUCACCACCAACCGGGAGCGGGAGCUAACCGAGCAGCUACGCGAGUACGAGCGACAGAUCGGCACGCUCGAGGAACAGCUGGCCGAGCUGAACGCACUGCACGAAAGCAGCAAGGCGGGCGAGAAGCGCACCAAGCUGGCGGAAGAACGGCGCCGCAAGGUGCAGCAGCUCGAAAGCGAUCUGGCCGUGCUGCGGCAGAAGUGUAUGCGCCAGGCGAAGCUGCUGAAGCUGAACGAGAACGAUGCGCAGCGUAUUGCGGGGCUGAGUGCGGAAAUUCAGGAAAUGAAGGCGACGCGCGUCAAGCUGCAGAAGGCACUGCGCACCGAGAGUGAAAACUUCCGCCAGUGGCGCGUCAACCGGGAGAAGGAAAUCAUUCAGCUGAAGGCGAAGGAUCGCAAGCGGCAGUUCGAGCUGAAGAAGCUCGAGACGACCUACACGCUGCAAAAGCGCAUUAUGCAGCGCAAGAUGGAUGAGACGAUUAUGGUCAACAAGCGGCUGAAGGCGACGCUCGACCGCCGCCAGCGCAACCCGACUGCGGCGGAUCGGUCCGUGAUGCGCGGUGCCGAGGCAGCCAAAUGGAUUAAGCACGAGCUCGAGUUGAUAUGCAACACGGUGGAAGCGUCGGUUACGCUAAAGCUGUUGCGCUCCCAGCGCACCCAGCAGUCGAAGAAGCUAACCCAGCUGCAGGCACAGCUGGCGGAGCUGGAGGCGAUGGUGGUGGUGGAGGAGGAGGAGGAGGGUGGUGCGGAUGGGUCGAUCGAUGGGCAGCAUCAGCAGCGCGGGGAGCUGGAGGACGAGAUACGCCAGUGUGUCACCGAUCUCGAGUAUCGCAAUGCACAGAUUGCCGAUCUGCAGCAGAAAAUAAACACCAUGGACACGGAAACGCAGCUGGCGGCGUUCGCCGAAGGGCUGGUCAGUUUGCCGGAAGCGCGCGAAUCCUUCCAGCGGCUGCUGGAGCAGUUGGUCCACACGCACACGCGCCUCUUCGAGACACGCUUCCAGCUGGUGGAGCUGAAGGCCACGAGCGAAUGCCAGGAGGAAGCGCUCGGUCAGGCACGGGCCCAAAUGCAGCUUGCCGAAAAGCAGUACCGGGAGCAGGUGGUACAGCUCGAGCGUACGUACGAGGACAAGCUGGCGUUACUGCUGAUGCGGCCACCCGGCGGGACCAGUGCCGUGCCGGACGAGAACCAGGAUGGUCUGGCCCAACCCGACACCGUGCACGAGGAAGCAAUCCGGCACAUUGACGAGCUGCGGGACGAACUCGAAUCGUACAAGCAAACCGUGCACACGCUGCAGGAGAAGCUCAAGGAGCAUGAGCUGCCGCGCCGGAAGUGCCAGCUGCCGCAGAGACUGCGGGACCAUCAGAUGGAUAUCGAUUUUGACGAGGACGCGGCGAUGGAGCUGUCCGACGAGGAGAACGAAGAGGAUGAUUUAUCGCGCGAGCUGCUGGAAAAGGAGCUUGAUCCCGAUUUUCGCGGUACUCCUUUGCACAAGCGCAAAAAGAUGCAGACGUUCAUACGCGAAAGUGUCGCGAACCCAAAUCAUACAACCAAUGGCCCCGGUAACUGCGGCUGUACGGGUAACUGUGGAUCGCGGCGGUGCGGUUGCCAGAAGCAAGCUAUCCUGUGCCAUCCGGGGUGCAAGUGUCCACCCGGUUGCGUCAAUCGCAACCCACUGUCCAGCAUUAACGAGCGGGAAAAUGGGUCGCCCAGUGCUGCGGACGUUGCCGGUGGUACGAGCCAGCCGGACAGCCAGCCGAAGCAAACAGGGGAAGGCGUGAACAAGGAAAACACCUUCACGAUGCCAAACGAUACAUCAAGCGUAAAGGACGACAGGGAAGAGCUGGAUAUAUUAGCUUACGUGGCGAAGUACCGCAAGCGUAGACCGUUGCUGGACAUCUAAUUUCUGUGACGUGAGGGUAGGCGGAGCAUUGCUUGACUGAUUAUAUUGUGACUGGAAGAUGAUUAAUCACUUGUAUUUAAUAAUUCCAUUUUUGGCCUAUUUGUUAUGCGGUUAAAUUGACAACUUUUAAUGAUUAUGAGAUUGUGCAUUGCUUGCUUGUGCUUCAAAUAACGAACACGGAAGGAUAUUUUCAUUUAUUUUAAGGUUCAUUAUCCACGCUAGAUAAGUGCGAAGAAGGAAUAAAAAGUACUCUAAACGUUUGCUGUCGAACGGUCCGAUUUGUUGCACUCGCUAAA